AUGGAUGUGAAUUCGAUCGAUCCGUCGUUGGCACUUGGGUUCUUGUGCGAGAACCGCGCUGAUUACGAAGACUUUGAGCGUCGUGUUCGCAUUCUUCAUGACGAAGUAAAGGCCAGUGGUGACAUGUGCCCGUUUUCAGUUGCCAAUUGUAGACCUGAUUACACGGGAAGUGGUGGUGAUCUCUUGAUACCGGAUUGUCUUUCUGGUGACGACAUGAACGAAGACGAGCUUGCGAGUGCCAAUGGCGUCGUUUCAGGAGAAGACGAUGAUGAUGAAUACGUGCUUUUAUAA